CAAAUUCCUUAAGAAAUAUUUUUCCUUCAACACUUCACGAAUGAUCGUUUCCAAUUUCUCUUCAAUUUUUCGAUCGUUCCACUUUGUCUUGAUCUCCAAUUUCGACCUUCGUUCACGUUUCCUCUUUUUUCAUCUUCCUUCGGUGCAAUAUUUUUCGGUGAAUUUCUCGAGCACUUGUUCCUGCUCGAUCUCCCAUCGGUAUUUAAUUGGCUCUCAGCACCGAAUCGCUGUCUGCCCUUCGAAAAAAAAAACCUCGUUAACUUUAAACAAGCGAUGCCACCAAUUAUCGGCUGUUGAAAAAAAUAUCCUAUUUGGCUAAAUUCGUUAGAAAUUUUUCUAAUCGUUCGCGGUAUAUUUUUAAAAUAUGGGGUGUUUUGUGAGCGUUGGAAGUAAAAUGGAACCAUUUUUUCACGGUACAGACAUUUGAACGUGUUUAUUUAAAUGCUGAAAUAUCAUGUUGUUGUCCCAAUCUCUAUCCCUAAGGAAGAGGAACAACAUGGCACGAUCGUCGUCACUCUCCUGUCGCAUCAAAUUGUCUCUCCCUUGUCCCAUUCGCGAGAAACAACAGUUUAAUCAACAAUUUCCGUUGACACAAUUCGUGUUGCUCGUCAAUUGAAAAUUGGUUCAGGGGAAUGAACGUUUGCGUUGCGUUUCCCGGUGUCGAUUGCGAAGGACGAUGACCAGGGUCAUGGCGGAGCGCUUUUAGCGUCGACGGCUAUUCGGGAGCCGCGAAUAGGGGCGACAUUGGAGGAGAUGUUGGAAUAGGAAGGGGAGAGACUCGGAGUUAAGGUAAAGGUGCGUGUUCACCGGUAAACCCUUUGGUUUCGUGGCAUUAAUGUCCUGACACGAAAUCCAUUGUUAUGACAAUAUUUACGAGAAAUUGAUAGCAAUUUUUAUGGUGGCAACAGGAAGUGGAAGAUUCGGAAGAAAUCAAGCGUCAUGACAACGAUGACAAAAGUCAUGGCACCAUGAAGUGCCACUGAUUUUACUGUUACGUGAAAACGUCCUUUUGACGAAGUCGCUUCAGAUAUUUGUAGAUCGUGAAUGAAUAAAUGAUAAAUAGUAAGGGAAAAUGCAAUUGCUAGAAAGAAGAAUUGGUCCAACAGUGGAGACACACCUUAAGUCAGUAGGGUCAGGAGUUUGCGCGAACAGAUCAAUACUGCCCCCGCACGUGGAUUGCUCUCUCUCUUUGUCUAUUUUCACCUCCUACAUCCGUUUCACGGAUGCUGCCGCGUCUCUUUUCUCGAAAAAUAUCUCACGUCUAUCCAUCCCUCUCCCUCUUCUCCCAUCUCUAUUUUCCCAUUUUUUCAACUCUCCGCGAGUCUGAGUACGCGCGUCUUUUUCUAGCUCUUUAAUCUGAUUCUUCAACUUCCGUCGGUGGUGCCACACCAUUCCCGUCCUUCUUUCAUCGUCCACUGGCCCCGCUAACGCACCGCUUAAUUCCUCUCUUCGCCUUGGCUCGCCACCCUUCUUCCUCUUCCCGUUGCGCCAACACUCCAACGAGCCUCGAUUUCCGGCCGGUGAGCGGAUCUUUGCACGAGUCUGCCUCUUUCAUCGACCUCCCCUCUACAACCUCUACAUAUGUCCUCCUUCUUCUUCCGUUCAAGAUGCUUCUUGGCCGCCAGUUGUCUUUUCUCGUUCUCUUUAAUCCUCUAUACUCCUUACCAGUUUUCUCUCACGCGUCAACAGCUUUCUUCUCUUUCACUCUCCUCGUCAAGUUAUUCGAUCUGGUUAUCUUCACUUAAUUUGUCAUUUAUUUUUGGCAUAAGAUAGCCAAUUAACAAGCUAAAGUGAACUAGAGCCAACCCCUUUUCGGCCAUUUCCGCUCAGACUGGAAGUGGAAAAAAAACGAACUUUUUUCGGUCAUUCGUUGAGUUUUUGACAGAAAGUCUAAGUCUAAGUUGGCUAAUAUAUAAUUAGUAUGAUCAUUAUGGUAAUUAUAUCAAAAUAGGGGUGUAUCAUUUUUCAAUCGAAACUUUCCACUUGCCACCCUACAAAAUUAAUAUAGUAUUACGAUAUUUAUAUAGGUUGAUGUUACACUACUUGUCUGUUUAUUUCUUCAGGGCUGACCUAAAUUCGAGCUCACUUGACGCCUCUGUAGCGGUGCUUCUCAUCGGGUAAUUUGAUUAGCCAUUCACCUCUAGGGAUACGGCAAGAUGAACAGCCAAAAUUGGUGUCGAGUAUUUGGUGUCUCUAUUGAUGUUGGAUCAUUCCGUUAACCCAUGAACUUUUAUUUCAAUCUCUCUCAAUUACUAUUGUAAACCAUGACCAUUACUUUCUUAACACCCUGUACGCAGAUCCCUCUGGAUUCUCUCAGUCUCGUGUGGCGUACGACCCUUCUCUAUUUGUAUCGUAACCUCUCCCGGUCUUCCUUUUAUCUUUCUCCAUGUUCUACCCCUCUUUUCAACCUACCCUCUCUGUACAACCCCCUGUAUAAAACCGUCUCUCUCGCUCUUUGAUCCACCCUCGUUUUCCUACUUUUAUCUCUAUCCUCAACUUGAUCUCUCUCUAGCUUCUCCUAUCUUUGCUCCGCUCUUCGACUAUCGUUUUAGCCGAGGUUCGUAGUUUCUGCACACAAUUCUCUCCAUCUUCGUCAUCGUCACUUUGUCUAUUCGUUUCAUCCACCGUGAGAACGUUCGUCUUUGUCGCGUUAAGUCUAAUCCAAAGGACGCGUCUUUGUUGGUCUCGUUGUUAGAUUUGGAAGGUUCGUUGCUUCCCUUUCGUUGUUUCGAAGCAGUUUUCAGCUCUGUCGCCGUUUCCCUUGAUCUUUCCCUUUGUCGCGUCUCUGCUUUCAUACCCUUUCUUCGUGGAAAUAGUGUAUUCUGGUUCUCCGUUUAAUUCAUAUUUAUUUUUGAUUUAAGAAUUUAAACUAUUCUAAGCAGGAGCGAUAAUAAUCGAAUAAUAGUAAUAUUAAGUUCCUUCGCUUAUUCCGUAUACUCGAUACUUAUGUAUGUUCUAUCGUCAUUUCGUUUGACGUACGAAGCUUUUCCGCUUUCAAGCACAGUCUGCUUCUAUCAGCUUCACAGUCCACAUUUUAGUUUAUCUGUUCCUCUUUGUGUCUAUCUGUCAGUCUUUUUUCGUAUUAACUUCCAUUCACUCGGCUGUCUAUCUCACCAUAGGUUUCUGUCACUUUUCUACCUAACCUUUUGCUUUUUCCCCGCAAUAUCUCUUUAUUCGUGUCGUUUUCACUAACUUCGUCACGCGUUACCUUCCACUUUUUAGAGCAUCCAUUUAAUUUCACAAUUUUUCUGCAUUUCUGGCAUUGUUUUAACUUUCUACGCAAACAGAUCCAACUGUAACAGUUUUUGGCUUUUACGAAAAAGUUUUCUAACCGGAUUUUCAUUCGUCCGGUGUUCAUUUACCAUUUUCCAUUUACUUCAUUUCAUCCAACUUUCUAGCCAAUUUUAUUUCUACCUCUAUCUUUUCAACAUUUUUUCCCUCUCUUUGCAUUUCUUUCUCCUUUCAGUUGCUUCUACGUUUAUCUUUCCUCGGCUUGCUCAAAGUUUACAUUCCCGUUCCUCAAUAUUUUCCACUUAUACUUCUCUCCUCUCUUUUUCCGUCGGUUACCAUCGUGUCUAUCUUUCUCUUUCUUCACAGCUAUCAUUCUGAUUUUCCUACUCAGGUACUUCUCAACGUUUUCCAUCGCUACCAUUCCUCGUUCACAUUUCCGCUCUUUUUCACAGUUCUCAUUUUUCUCUUUUUUCCUCGUUCAGCUUCUGUCUUGCUCUUAACAUUUUCCACCUGUACUCGUCCUUCUCUUUUCAACACCCUUUCGUUCCUCUCUCGUUUCUCACAGUUUCCAUUUUCAUCUUUCCUUCUUCCACCCUUAACAUUUUCCACCUCUACCCUCUCCUUUUCGCGCUGAGCCAACAUCCUCGUACCAGGUCUCGCUCUCCCUCAAAUAAUUCCCCUCUCUAUUUCUCUCUCCUCCCUCCUUCUCUUUCACCCUCAACAUUUUCCACCUCUCCUUCUCAUGCUCAACCAGCACGCUCGUCCUGUUUCUCUUCCUCUGUCGGGGAGCUUCCAUCUUUAUCUCUCUCCCUCUGCGACACAACCCCCUGGCAAGGUGGCGGUCCAGCGCGCAAAGCGUAUCAGCCGUACGGGAUGCUGAAUCUGGAGAGUAGAUUCAGUCGUACGCCUGGCUCCCUUCUGUCGCCGCCUGUUCACGUGCGGGUCGCCCGCGAGCCCACGAGCCUUGUUAAAAGCGUCCGCGUGUCGCUAGACCAGCCAAUUUUCUCUACACCCUCUAUUCGUCACGCGUCUCGUCGCUUCUUUUUUUUUUACGGUGCUCUUUUACGUUUCUUCGGUUUUCCUAGACAGCUGAUCCUUCGGGAAGAACCGGUUGUUAGCUAUCCUGCAGGAAAAGAGGCGAGGGUAGCAUGGAGAUUCUCACGUGAGAGGCGUGUUCCUCGGUAACCGACGAGAGAAAAAUAACACACCCUCGUCUCCGGAAAAAGAAGAAAAGGAAGAAGAAGAAGAAGGAAAAAAAACACAAGCCGGUUCACGAACGAAUUAAUAAUGCCGAACGAGAGGAGCACAGAGGAUCGAGUGAACUUUACUUACAGGGGAUUCCAUAGUUACCCUAGAAAAGGACAAAAGUGAAGUUUCAACAAUGGGGGUGUACGUGACAGGUGUGAUCGGUGUGAUAGUGUUUUAUCUAUCGGUGUUGGGCAUUGGAAUUUGGGCAGCCAUCGCGAAGAAGAAACCUUCGCGACAAGGGCAAGAUGCGAUGAUGCUGGCGAAUCGUGGCCUCGGCCCUAUUCUUGGUUUCUUCACCCUGAUAGCCACCUGGGUUGGAGGCGCCUACGUGAACGGGACCGCUGAAGUCAUGUUUACCAGAGGAUUAGCCUGGUGUCAAGUGCCAUUCGGUUACAGCAUCAGUCUACUGUUCGGCGCGGUGCUGUUCGUACGACCCAUGAGAAAAGCCGAGUACGUAACCAUGCUGGAUCCUUUUCAAGAAAGAUACGGGGCUGGUGUCGGAGGUCUCCUUUUUCUACCUGCACUCUGCGGAGACUUGUUUUGGUGCGCUGCUGUUCUCAGAGCUUUGGGCAGCUCGUUGACAGUGGUGAUCGGAUUGGAUUCGAGUAUCAGCAUUUGUGGUUCUGCACUUUUGGCUGCUAUGUACACCGUGUUCGGUGGAUUGUAUUCAGUUGCGUAUACCGAUGCUCUACAAUUAGCUUGCAUUAUAAUCGGCUUAGGGGUGGCUGCACCCUUCACCGUUCUCCAUCCAGCCGUAUCCUUCGAGAAGAACAUGGCUCCUCGUGAAUGGCUCGGAGAAAUAAAGAACGAAGAUCUGGGGGAAUGGGUAGACGGAAUGUUGCUGUUGGUAUUUGGUGGUAUACCAUGGCAGGGCUACUUCCAGAGAAUCCUGAGUAUGCGAAGCACGUCGGUAGCGACGGUUCUUUCGAUAGCAUCGACUUUCGGUUGUAUGAUCAUGGCAUUUCCGUCAGCGUUGAUUGGUGUCGUAGCUCGGGCUACCGAUUGGUCAUCCGUCGAGGGAUUUAAUAAGAGUAUGUUAGCGAACGACGGAAACGCAGCUUUACCAGUUGUCCUUCGUUACUUGACGCCUCAGUGGGUCUCCUUUGUGGGAUUGGGAGCAAUUUCUGCAGCAGUGAUGUCGUCAGCAGAUUCAAGUAUAUUAGCCAGCAGUUCAAUGUUCUCUAGGAACGUUUACAGACUCACGCUAAGACCUAAGGCAUCGGAAAGGGAACUGAACUGGAUACUCAGGAUCUCUGUAAUAGUGAUCACGGUUCUGUCGACCUCAAUUGCUCUCACAGUGGACAGCGUUUAUUAUCUGUCGUAUCUCUGUUCGGAUCUUGUUUACGUAGUACUGUUCCCUCAAUUGUUAACCGUGGUACAUUGGCCCUCUUUGGUCGACACUUACGGAUGUCUAGCCGGAUAUUUCAUAGCUGUCGUUUUACGUCUUUGUGGAGGAGAGAAGGGUCUUGGUGUACCAGCGCUAUUCGAAUACCCUUUUUACGAUACUGAAACGCAGACACAGAAAUUUCCAUUUCGCACCGGUGCCAUGUUGGUUGCUCUCUUUACUCAGCUCAUCACGAGUUUCUUCACGAGAAAUCUCCUUGGAAAGGGUUAUUUUCCUCGAUGUUGCGAUGUUCUCAGCGUUUAUUCGCCAGGAAAAUCGAAGGAUCAGUCGGGGGUUGUUCAAAGUAGUUCUGGGGCUGCAUUGAUGGACACUUCUUCUGUUAACAAAUCAACAUCAGGAAUGGAUUCGUGCGACGGUAUCGGUCCCGGCAGUUACGAGGACGACCGCACCACCACCAAUUCCGUGGAUGACACGACGGACCGUGGUGAAACUGGUACGAUAGUCGGUGACCCAUUCGAUAAGGACGCAAAGGUGAAUAAUAUCGGAAUCGCAGUUCAGAAAGCAAACCAAAGCCUUCAACACCUCCAGACUCUACAAAGAAACACGAUGCACACGAGUUCCAUGAGUGGCAGACAUACUCCCACUCCCAAUCAAUACGCUCCCAUACAAAACAACGAAAUGUCCCGGGGUCAAAUUUUGGGCGUGCGAAAUCUACGUGGUUCUAUGGGCCAGAUGUUGUUACCAACCGAUCGGCCUGUCAUUUCUUCGAGUAACAACGCCGGCAUUGUAAACAUUCCAACGAAUUCAACGGUGACAACUCCCGUGACACCAGGGCCCCAUUACACAAAGAGCAUCGAUGCCACCGUAGGAAAUGAAAAGAUAAGAGAAAAUGAGAGGAUCAGCAUCGUGGACAGAAGCAACACGGAGUUCCAAACUGUUCCAGACAACAUGUUGACUACCAUCAACGUGAAGAAGAACGUGAAGGGGGUGAAGUUGGUUGGUAUGGAGGGUGGAACGUUAAGGAGACCCUCGUUGCAGGGCACGUUUUCACCGACACCGUCGGUGGAGCUUGUCCAUAUUUUGGAUAGAAGACAGAGCAGCGGUUCGUAUGGACCUGGUUCUCUGUCGCCGGUUCCUAUGGGUGUGGAGGCUUGCAAAACCCAUGGAACGGCCUUGGAGGGACAAACCGGAAACGAGCACUGUAGGAUUAAGAGGGGCAUCGUCAGGCAUCACAGUUUCAACGACACAGGAGAUAGGACCUUGACCACUUUGGCCAGACAACCGACUUAUCCUUCGAUGCCCUUACGUCCAGAAGACUGUCGAAUGACUUUGGUGAAGAAGGACAGAAGGACAUCUACGAUCUCCAGACACGGUUCGGUGACGAAUGAGAAAGAGCUUAGUGGUUGUUCCACAGGAUUAGUUAUUUGCAGUCCUACGUACAGCAUGUACAGUUCGGCCGUGAAGAAUUCAAACUACUUUGUGACCGACGACGAAGCGGUCAGUAGAUUUUGAGAAUGGAAAAACGUUCAAGGAGCAGGAAUUAAUAGGAGGACAAUCGAACCCCGUCUAAUCAAUUACGAGCUCGACUACUUUUUCACUUUUUUUUUUCACUCCCGUCAACCGGUCGUACAAUUUUCUACCACUGCCCAUUUUUUACGUGAGUAUUGGAGCUGAUAUCUUCAAUGGAAGAUCAGUUUUUUUGUCCUGUUUACUCGUGUCGAGAAAAUUUGAGGAAUUUUAAAGGUACGCCUUUUUGGUACUUGUAAAUUGUGCAAAUGGUUCAACCAGGAUUCUUUUUACUCACGGAGAACCUAUUUUAAGCCAGAUCGAUGAAAUUUCGUCCGACGUUUGGAAGAUUUUUAUCCCUGGAAAUGAUAAACCAUUCAAACUUACAAUUAAGAUUACGAUAAGAUUUUAGUUAGCGUAAUUCGUGGGUGUUAGUGGAUCGUGAAGUACACUUUAAAUGCAUUCCCUCUUGUCUAGAUAAUCUAGUUAAUUAUCCUUUGACACGUCAUUUAUAAAUUACACAGUUUCCGUUCAUUCCUGCACCAACGAACGCGUUUCAAAAGAUGACUUUCGAGACGUUAAUUGGUUGAGUCUCAUCUCUAUCAAAGUACUUAAUUUACCCUUAAAAAAAAAGUGAUUUAUAUAUAUUUUUUCAUUAUGUAAGUAUUGGGUGGUCAGCAAUUUUUCAUUAUCAAGCUUUUCCAUCAAUUUUGAGAAACUUUUACUCCCUUUAGACUAAAAUACAGGGUGUUCGACAACAGGUGGGCAAAACUUUAAGGUGUGAUUCUAGGGAUCAAAAUAAGACGAAA